AUGCAAAAUCUAAUUUUGAAAUGGUCUAAAUAUAUUGCUUUACUGGCAAUAGCUACGUCCCUGAUUGUGCACCAGACUGUUGAUGCACAGGAGGAGGCAGGCUACAGCUCUAGCAGUAUAAAAGAUAUAGACCUCAGUGCAUGGCAGCAGUCCUACAAUGAGAAGCAGAAGCUCCUAGUUUUAUUCUAUCAGCCGGACACAUGUGAUAGAUGUGUUGUUGCUUUGAACACUAUAACCCAGAUUGUUGGACAACCAGAGAUUCCUGCUGAUCUAGAAAUCGUGAAGUCUUCAAACCCAGAUCUUGUGUCUGCUCUCGGAGUCCGGCAGUUCCCCAGUCUUGUCUACUUGAGAGAACAGUCUUAUGUAACUUAUGAUGGCAGCUACGAUGUGGAAGAUGUGCUGGAGUGGGUACAGCAGGCCACAAACCAGGUCACACGUCAGCUGGAUGAUUUAUCUUUUGAGCAUCUGACCCAGGCAGCCACGGGGGCAACAACUGGAGAUUGGCUGGUGGCCUUUUACACAGAUUCUUGCAGGAGUAUUCUACCAGUGUUGGACACCUUGGGAGUGAGAGUUCGUGGACGAAUCAAUGUAGCAAAGGUCAACAUUGCUGAAAACCCUGGACUUGUAGAAAGAUUCAAGAUUGCUGGAUGUCCAGAAGUUAUUCUUUUUAAACAGAGCAAGAUGUACAAGUGUACGUUGCCAAACCUGGAUGUGGCCACACUGAAGUCCUUUGUGGAUGGUUUCUACAAAAAUAUGCAAGCCCAAGUCAUCCCAUUACCCAAAUCCCAUUUCGACCUUAUCACAGAGAGUAUUGCAGACUACAUCAAGGUUCAGUUGGAGGGUGAAAACAAGUCCAUUGUUUUGGCAGGCGCAUUUGCUGCAGCAGUGAUCUUUUUGCUCAUCAUCUUCUGUUGCUGCCGCUCAGCGAUUGGGGAUACCAGCAAACAGAAGACAGAAUAG